AUGUUCUUCUCUACCCUAAACUUGCUUUCCAUCUUUCACCGGUCUUCACAAAAUCAACAAGGGGUAACCACCCCUCGUCCACCUCCAUCGCCUCCAACUGUCACCGCCACUUUUAGUUCCUCUCCCCCUCCAUGGCUGCCAUGCAUUAUUGGAUGUUAUGUGUGGGUGAAUGAUUCGACUCUGUUGGUUUGUACGAUCCCAACAUCCAGAGUAAAGCCACCAAAGAAACUAAAUAUGUUUUACUUACUUCGCUUCAUAGACCCUUCAUUUUUACUAUCCUAUGUGGAAGAUUUCCCAAAAAGAUUGAUUUGCGGUACGCUGCUGAUGGAGACACAAGAUGGAGGUGAUGCCAAAGGAGAAGUUUCUCCUCGUGAUAUAGUUUACACACAAGCUGCUGAAGGUGAAAAAGACCCAAACAUCUUUCACAUGCUUUAUCUUCGCUAUGGGUAA